AUGGGCCUCCGCGGUGACCUACCCUCGGCGCGGCUGUGGCCGUCCUUCUCCUCGUCCACGCCCCCCUUGUGCCAGGCGUGGGUGCCACCCGCCGCUGCCUCAUUCUACCGAUUCACGUGUGUUCCAGUGCUUCACGAAACCCUAGCUGCCUCUGUUCGACGAAACCAGCUACAUCACGAGCCACAGACCACACAGCACGACCGACCCCGGCUACAGGUAAUUGGGCGCUACAAUAUCUUUACAGAAAUCAAGGGCACUCAAGUUACAUGGCGACGGGCACCGAUUGGCAAGCGGAGUUGCACCUAUGAAUCAAGCAGUCCCAUGAAUGCACCCCUUUUGAACCCAGAAAAAAUGGUUGAUCUGAGUGAAGAGGCUCUACUAGAUUAUCAUCAAAUUGUCAGCAAGACAUUCCGAAGUGAGGAAGAAGGGUAUGGGUUCUACAACAGCUACGCAUUUGAUAGAGGGUUUACCGUGAGGAGAUGCUACGUGGAAAGAGACACGACAACUAAGGAUAUAUGUCUCAAGAAAUUUGUCUGCAGUCGUCAGGGGUUCCAUGAAGCUAAGCACAUGAACAAAGCGAUUAAGAAGAGAAAGCCACGGAAUUUGAGUCGUUGUGGGUGUCUAGCCAAAAUGGUGAUUAAACUCAACAAGGAUACAGGACAGUGGUAUGUCAAGGAUUUCAUUGAUGAACACAACCAUCCAUUGGCCUCACCAAAUUUAGCUUGUCUCUUGCGAUCCCAUAGAGGAAUUAGUAAUGAGCAGAAAGCUGACAUCAUUGAGAUGGAAAUAGCAGGAAUUCGUAAACACCAAAUCAUGAAUAUACUGGAAAUGCAGUAUGGUGGAUAUGAUAAGGUUGGAUGUACAUCAAGGGAUCUAUAUAACUUUUGCUAUCGAUACAAGCUAAAAACAAUAGAAAGAGGCCAUGCUGAAACAGUUAUUCGUCACAUGAAGGAACAGUGUGAGAGGGAUCUUGAUUUUUUCUUUAAAUAUGUUCUUGAUGAGGAGGGGCAUCUGAAGCACUUGUUCUGGUCUAAUACUCAAUCUCAUCUUGACUAUGAAGCAUUUGGUGAUGUUCUUGUUUUUGAUAUCACAUACCGGACAAAUCCAUACAGUUUGCCUUUUGUGCCUUUUGUUGGGUUGAAUCACCGUCGGAGCACAGUUGUAUUUGAUUGUGGCCUAAUAUCCCAUGAAACAAGUGAGUCGUAUGAGUGGCUAUUGCAAACAUUCCUCACUGCGAUGGCUCAGAAGCAUCCAAUAUCCGUGAUCACAGAUGGUGAUCUUGCAAUGCAGAAAGCUAUCAAAACAAUCUUGCCUCAUUCCACCAUCGGCUGUGCACAUGGCAUAUUGAGCAGAACAUACUGCGCAAUUUGCACAAUUCUAAGAUCAGUGAAGAGUUCAGAACAUUUCUAUGCUCCGGCAUCUCAAUCUAUUUCAUUCACUGAAAAGCAAGGUGAUCCUAUGGAGAAACAUGCUGCUCGUGUUUUUACACCUAAAGUUUUUGCAUUGGUGAAGGAAAAAAUGGAUUCUGUAGAAAGAAUUCCAAGUUGUUGUGUGGUUAGUAGGUGGUCCAUGAGAGCAAAAGCUGGAUUUCCUCCAAUAAGGAAAAGCAGCAUGUACGAUACUUCUCAAAGUCUAGAGAAGUAUCUUGGCAGCAACGAUGCUUCUAAUGCCCAAGUAAACAAUGUGAGUUGUGGACCAGUGUUGGCGCAGCCUUCGCUUGCUGAGUUACCUAAUGACGUCAAGGAAAUGAAGGAUGAAGGAUCAGAUGCUGGAAUGAGGUAUUACAUAAGGGGAGAGCAACACGCUAAUGGUAACACACAGAGCUAUAUGCUGUCCAUGUGGCUCAUGAGGUCCGCCAUGAUUGGAGUGCUGGUCCUGCUGCUGUUUUAUGGGGCUGAAUACGCUAACUGCUCUACGGUCCCCCAAAACAGCACCGACAUGCUCUCGCUGCUCGAUUUCAGAAGAGAAAUCACCAGCGAUCCAAGAGGUUUCUUCAGUUCGUGGAACAGCACCGCCGACUACUGCAGCUGGAAUGGCAUCACAUGCAGUAGAACGCACCCAAGGCGCGUCAGGGAGCUUAACCUCAGAAAUCAAAGCCUUGAAGGCCGAAUCUCUCCAUCUCUUGGUAAUCUCACCUUUCUUAGAGUACUCGACCUGUCGUCAAACAGCUUCUUUGGUCAGCUGCCCCUUCUUAAUCGCCUCGUUAGGCUUCAGGACCUUGUUCUGAACAAUAACCGGUUGCAGGGUUUUGCUCCUGAUGCACUUAUAAACUGCUCCAACCUGCACUCUUUAACCCUUUCAUCAAACCUAUUAGCUGGGCCAAUACCAACCAGUAUCGGUUCCCUCUUUAACCUUAAGUACCUGUUCCUUGAUGGUAAUAGUUUCACUGGAGGGAUCCCAUCAAGCCUGCUCAAUAUCUCUAAGCUAGAGGAGCUCGUCCUUACUUCAAACAUGUUAGGUGGCCCAAUCCCACCCAGUAUGGCUCGCCUCUUUAACCUUGAGUACCUGUACCUUGAUGGUAAUAGUUUCACAGGAGGCUUCCCAUCAAGCGUGCUCAACAUCUCAAAGCUAGAGAAGCUCAUGCUUUCUUCAAACAUGUUAUAUGGGCCAAUACCGCCUAAUACCAGUUCCCUCUUUAACCUUACGCUUCUCCACCUUGAUACUAAUAAUUUCACUGGAGCCAUCCCAUCAAGCCUGGGCAACAUGACUAAAUUAGAGGAGCUCCUGCUUUCGGAUAAUCAGCUCGAAGAUAUCAUACCUGAAGAGCUUGGGCAUUUAUCAAAUAUGAACAAAUUGACACUAGGAGGAAAUAGACUAUCAGGUAGCAUCCCAACCACAAUUUUCAAUCUAUCUUCUCUUGAAAUUUUGGACGUCAGUGUGAAUUUCCUACAUAUGGCGUUGCCAUCUAACAUUGGCAGUACCCUUCCUCUCCUCCGCGCGCUUAGCUUGCACAAUAACAUGUUCCAUGGUCAAAUCCCAGCCUCACUAGGAAACGCUUCGUUCCUCCUGGCAUUAGAUUUCACAUCUAACAAUUUCACGGGCCAUGUCCCUAGUUCUUUAGGAAAUCUAACAUACCUGUACUUCCUAAAACUAGAACAAAACAAUCUUGAAGCAAAAGACAGUGAGGGCUGGGAAUUCAUAGAUGCCCUGGGCAAAUGUACGAGUCUGCAAUACCUCUUAUUAUCUGACAAUCAGCUGCAAGGAGCCCUACCAAAUUCAGUUGGAAAGUUGUCCAACAGCAGUCUCCAGUACCUACGAUUAGGGAAAAACAACUUGUCAGGGAUGGUUCCAGAGACCAUAGGGAACCUUGUUGGCUUAAAUGAGUUGGUUCUAGAUCAAAACCAACUGACUGGUCCGAUUGGAUCUUGGGUUGGAAAGUUGAACAACUUGGUAAAAUUAUCUCUCGCAUACAAUAACUUCAGUGGGCCGAUUCCAUCGUUCAUUGGCAGCUUUACUAAGUUAACAUACCUCUCCCUACAGAACAACAAAUUUGAAGGUCCAAUACCUCCCAGUUGGGGUAAACUUCAACGUUUACUAGAAUUGAAUGUUAGUCAUAACAAUCUACAUGGCCCCAUUCCUGAAGAGCUCUUUAGUCCUACAUCUUCAUUGACCAAAUGUGCAUUAUCCUAUAACAAUUUAGACGGUCCAAUACCUCCAGAGGUUAGCAACCUUCAACAACUCAUUGAACUAGAUCUUUCACGGAACAAACUUGCAGGGGAAAUACCUUCCAAUUUGGGCGAAUGUCGUCUGUUGCAUAUACUCCAAAUGGACGGCAAUUUUCUCACUGGGAACAUUUCGCCUCUGAGUAGUCUAACAAGUUUGAACAUCCUCAAUCUUUCACACAAUAUGUUAUCAGGCCUGAUCCCAUUAGAACUAGGUAAUAUGCCCUCUCUUACCCAGCUGGAUCUAUCUUAUAAUGAUCUACAAGGUGAAAUACCAAGGGAUGGAGUAUUUCGAAAUGCUUCAGCUGUCUCACUUGUUGGCAACAGGGGACUGUGUGGUGGGCUGUUGGAUUUACACUUGCCCCCCUGUCCUAUUGCCUCAAGGAGAAAAGUAGUACAAUACUACCUCAUUAGAGUGUUGAUCCCAAUAUUUGGCGUCAUGUCACUCUUAAUGUUGGUCUAUUUUGUUCUCACUGAGAAAAGGACUGCACAGCAACCAUCAUUACCUCCUCUUGGUGAUCAAUUCCCCAUAGUUUCAUACAAUGAUUUAGUUCAAGCUACACAAAACUUCUCCGAAUCAAACUUGAUAGGGAGAGGAGGUUAUGGUUCUGUAUAUAGAGGGAAGUUGAUGGAAAAGAAGGUGGAAGUUGCAAUUAAGGUUCUUGACAUUGACAUGCGAGGUGCUGAGAAAAGUUUCUUAUCGGAAUGUGAAGCUUUGAGAAACAUCCGACACCGAAAUCUAGUUCCCAUCAUAACAGCAUGCUCCACAGUGGAUAUCAACGGCAAUGUUUUCAAAGCUCUGAUAUAUGAAUUUAUGCCAAACGGGAAUUUGGACUCAUGGUUGCAUCAGGAAGUGAAUGGGAAAGUCAGAAAACCUUUGGACUUAAAUCAAAGAACAUGCUUAGCUGUCAACAUAGCUGACAUACUGGAUUAUCUGCACAACGGAAGUGGGACAACAAUUAUCCAUUGUGAUGUCAAGCCCAGUAACAUACUCCUAGAUGAUGACAUGAAAGCUUGUUUGGGAGACUUCGGCAUUGCAAAAUUCUAUCUUGAUUCUAGGACGACAUCAACUGGAGAUUCAAAAACUAUGAGCUCAACCGGUGUGAAGGGUACUAUCGGCUACAUACAUCCAGAGUAUGCUCGAGGUGGCCACGCAUCAACUUACGGGGAUGUUUACAGUUUUGGAAUAGUACUGCUAGAGAUGCUGACAGGGAAAAGGCCAACAGAUCAUUUGUUUGUGGACGAACUAAACAUUGUCAACUUCGUGGAGAGAAGCUUUCCUGAUAAAAUAUUAGAUGUGAUUGAUGGUUCCUUACAAGAAGACGUCAGGAGUGCCCAAAUAAAUAUGGAUCUUGUGCGAGGGUUUUCAUUGAGUGGAGGUUUGGUGCUGGACGAGGGUUGCUGUUGGCGAAGGUUUUCAUAUCUGGCGAUUAGAUCUGUUGGACUUGGUUCGGAUUGGUUGCUGGAAAAGCGGUGCAUCCAAGAAGGGGAAGAAAGGGGAGGGAUCCGAGAAUGGGACUGCCGAGGCGGGAAGCGCGGUGGUCAGGGGCUUGGCAAGUUGAAGUUGGAUUCUGAGGAAGAGGACGAAGGUAGCAUUGGUGUCGAGAAGGCGGGUGAGAAAGCUCCAACUCGGGAGGAUUCUGUUGAUAAGGGUGAGGAGUCAGAUCAGAGCUCCAGUGACGGAGAAAGCUCUGCUGAUACAAGUGGGUCCUUAGAGGAGGAGGAAGAGGAUAACAUGACAGUUGAUUCUCCAGAGGUACCAGUGGAUAGGGAGGAUUUGGGUAGUGAUCAGGAGAUUGAUUGUGUUGGGGGAAAGACGCCAUAUGGAGAGGCCAGACGAGACACCCUCGUUCAUUUGGGCAGCCAAUUGGGCACUGACAACGACCAGAUAGAGCUAUUUACCAGUUCGGACCUUCAUUCGUGCAGGGAGAAUUUUGAUGAUCUUACUGAUGAUGCCGAGGUUAGCGCGUUGCCGUCUGUUAUGCUCGCCCGUGCGCUGAAGCGGAAAGGUGGGAUUAUUGAGACUAAACUGCGCGAGCAGUUGUUGCAACAAAAGGAGGCUGUUAAGUCUAAAAAGGCUGUAGUUGUUCACCUUACGGAGGAGAAUGAGCAGCUUAAGAGGAGGCUAGAGGUGGCGGAGAAGGUGGCUAAGUAG